AUGACGUUGAACAACUUUGAGAAGGGUGGAGAUGGUGGAGGGCCGUCUGAGUGUGAUGGAGAGUACCACUCAAAUAACCUCCUUAUUGUGGCAUUAUCGAGUAGGUGGUACAAUCACGGACAAAGGUGUUUAAACUAUAUUAAUAUAUAUUACAAAGAAGCAAGUACACAGGCUAUGGUGGUGGACGAGUGUAGCGGGUGUGGUGAUGAUAUUGUGGAUGCAUCUUCUGCCGUGUGGGUCGCACUAGGGGUGUCUCAAAGUGAUUGGGGAGAAACUGGUAUUACUUGGUCAGAUGCAUGA